GGCGGGAAGGUGGGGCGGGCCGGGUGGCGCGGUCGCGAGGCGCGAGGGAGGGCCGGGCUGCUCCUCCGCCCCCUGAGGCCAGUGCGUGGAACGGCGCACCUGGCAACGGCGCCGCGUCCCCGCCCGCGCCCGUCCGCACCCCCUGCCGGCGGCCUCGAGCGCUCGCUCGUUGAUGCCGUUCUGGGGGUGACCCGGCGCGGCUCCGCGGUGGCGGGGCGCUAGACGACGCCAGCCCAGCGACGCGGGAGCGGGACAUGCUGGAGCUGCGGCACCGCGGGGGCUGCCCCGGCCCUGGGGGAGCGGGGGCGCCGCCACCCCGCGAGGGAGAGGCGGCCGGCGGUGACCACGAAACCGAGAGCACCAGCGACAAAGAAACAGAUAUUGAUGACAGGUAUGGAGAUCUCGAUGCCAGAGGUGAUUCCGACGUGCCUGAGGUCCCACCGUCCUCAGACAGGACCCCCGAGAUUCUCAAGAAAGCCCUGUCCGGACUAUCUUCAAGAUGGAAGAACUGGUGGAUUCGCGGGAUCCUCACCCUCACCAUGAUCUCCCUCUUCUUCCUGAUUAUCUAUAUGGGGUCCUUCAUGCUGAUGCUUCUGGUUCUGGGCAUCCAAGUGAAGUGCUUCCAUGAGAUCAUCACCAUCGGGUACAGGGUCUACCACUCCUACGACCUCCCGUGGUUUAGGACACUAAGUUGGUACUUCCUCCUGUGUGUGAACUACUUCUUCUAUGGAGAGACUGUGGCAGAUUACUUCGCCACGUUUGUUCAGAGGGAGGAGCAGCUGCAGUUCCUCAUUCGCUACCACAGGUUCAUAUCCUUCGCCCUCUACCUGGCAGGUUUCUGCAUGUUUGUCCUGAGCCUGGUGAAGAAGCACUACCGACUGCAGUUCUAUAUGUUCGCAUGGACGCACGUCACUUUACUGAUAACCGUCACUCAGUCACAUCUUGUCAUCCAAAAUCUGUUUGAAGGCAUGAUAUGGUUCCUUGUUCCCAUAUCAAGCGUCAUCUGCAAUGACAUCACAGCUUACCUUUUUGGAUUUUUUUUUGGAAGAACUCCUCUAAUUAAGCUGUCUCCUAAGAAGACCUGGGAAGGAUUCAUUGGCGGUUUCUUCUCCACAGUCAUAUUUGGAUUCAUUGCUGCCUAUGUCUUGUCCAAGUACCAGUACUUUGUGUGCCCGGUGGAAUACCGAAGCGAUGUCAACUCCUUCGUGACAGAGUGUGAGCCCUCAGAACUGUUCCAGCUUCAGAAUUACUCCCUCCCUCCGUUCCUACAGGCCGUGCUGAGCCGGGAGACUGUGAGCUUGUACCCCUUCCAGAUACACAGCAUUGCCCUUUCAACAUUUGCGUCACUGAUUGGCCCAUUUGGAGGCUUCUUUGCCAGUGGAUUCAAAAGAGCAUUCAAAAUCAAGGAUUUUGCAAACACGAUUCCUGGACAUGGCGGGAUAAUGGACAGGUUUGACUGUCAGUAUUUGAUGGCAACGUUCGUGCAUGUGUACAUCACCAGCUUCAUCAGGGGUCCGAAUCCCAGCAAAGUGCUCCAGCAGCUGUUAGUGCUUCAACCAGAACAGCAGUUAAAUAUCUACAGAACCCUGAAGAUUCAUCUCACCGAGAAAGGGAUCCUGCAGCCCACCUUGAAGGUGUAGCUGCCCUGUGAGGACGGGCUGCUGAGGAGAAGCUCACAGACCAGCUAUGACUGGAGUCGUGCACUGAGCCAGCCUGGGGGCUAAAACUCAGUACAUGCGGGGGGCUUUGCAGAUACAAAGGUUUCUUUUUCUGAAUUUACAAUUACUGUGAAUAUUUAACAAACACGUGGUCUAAGAUGAGUGCAGCAGUCGCCCACCCGUGAAAGAUCCUGUACUUUUCUAAGAUGUAUUUUCCAAUGUUAAGUUCUCUGCCCUCACUGGCCAGGUUCCAUGGUUUAGGUAGACGUGCGUUUUAAAGAGUCAAACACUAUCAACUGAGGCCCUCGUAAGGAGUUGACCUUUGCCCUGGGAGCUGCCCUGGCGUAGCCGUAGCUGGAUGCACUGCAGGCACCUUGGGAAUCGAGGUCUCGGGGCUUCCUCCUCUAAUGAUCUCAAGAAUUUCUGAAGGGCUGAGUUAGAUUAAAAAGAAAGAAAAAGA